AUGUUCUCCAGCUUGGCAGCGACCUUUCAAUCAGGCUCGAAUACGCCAUCUCGUCGUCGACCUCCACAGGCUCAUGACCGACACUGGAUGGUUCCGGUACGCAUGGCCUUUGUUGAGCAUUGCGCCACACUUGCAGAUGGUGAGCCUGGUGAAUUGCUGGUUAACACAUGGUACCUACAUCAUGAACGUUAUCCGCGCACCAUUGAGUCGCGAUUGCUCAGCCUGGACUUACAUCAUGGCUUGUGGUACCAGGAUCUUUGUGAUCUACGGGUGGGUGUCAUGGAUCCUUUGCAGCAGGCUCAGGUUCACUUUGUGCGUUUUGGACCAAUUCCAGAUGCCGAACGGCCCACUCCUAUUCAUCUCUUGUUGGUACAAGGAUGGAGUCCUUUGAUGCCCACUUUGCUCACCGCCCUUUUUGAACAUGAAAUUCAGCGUCGUGUGUGGCAUGUUGCGGCUUUGGUGUCCGAGUUCAUUGCACCUAUUGAUGUUUGGGAUAUCCUUGGCACUACUCGAUUCUGCACGCUUCGGCAGUGUCGACUCCAUGUUGGUUCCCAACAGCUGCUUCCCCAUGAGAUUCUGCAGGUGCAGUCUGGUGACCACAUUCGAAUCACCAUCAUGCCUCAACAGCCAGUCAUUGAGUUUGAGGAUACGUCGAUGAUGCAACAAGCUCAACACGUUGACAUUGAUCUUGGUCAUGCUCCUCCUCGUCUCCAUAUUCUGCCACAAGGUUCUCCAGAUGACUCUCAAUGGAUUAGCGGACUUGAAGAUUCGUUCUUUGACUCGGCAGUCACUGAAGUUGAGGAAGAGGGACCAGUGCUGUAUGUUUGGACUUGCUUUGUUCAUCACUUGUCCUUCCCUGUUUGUGAUCAACCUCGAAUUGUGCGACUUGGACGUCAUGACUCAGAUUGGCUUGCUCUACUUCAAGAUCCAUGGAAAGAUCUCCUUCAGCGUGAUGAUCCGACUCAGAUUCGAAUCGUUCAUGCACGGCCACCUCAUGACCUUUUGCGCAUUGACACCGUACAUGUUCUUAUCGAACAAUUGCCAGCUGAGCCGGUCAUUGCGGGGGUCAUCUCUGUCAUAUUUCAUGAGGGCGAAGCUGAUCGCUUGCUCCAACGGGCACUUUCAUUACCUCGGUGGUUAUGUACAGAGGAUCUGGUUGCCAUCAUGGAGCUCAAUCCCAUAUGUGAUGUUCAACGUUGCUCAGCCAGAGUGGGACAUGUUCCUCUUGAACAAUUUAUACGACAUGACCUUCCGUCAGCUGCCAGUAUUGAAAUUCAUGUUCAACCAGUUCGGUGCCCUGGCGAUCCCCAAGCAGCAAGUUCUGCACAAUUGUUCGUGCCACGCCCGAUACUCCCAACGUCUGGACGCUCUCUUAUGCAGAUUUCUCGACGUUGGCAGAGAGCGCGUAGGAUGCACACUGCAGAUACUGAACCAGGGCCUCGAGAUCACCUUGCAGAUGAGUACCAUCAAGUUCCUCAGCGAGUUGCUGCAUGUGCCUCACCUACGCCUCAGCAGCUUCCCAUUGUUGCGCCUAUGUGGCCUACAACAUGGACCACCUUGCAAGAUGUUUGGAACUUCUUUUUUGCUCAACUGCCUCAACCUGCAGAACAGCGCAUUUGCGCAGCCGUCUGGUAUUCAGACCAUCUUCGACGCCCUUGGUCGGAUGACUUCAGGAUUGUCACGCUUGAUGACCAGCUGGACGAUUGGCGUACGUGCUUCAUCGAGGCCUGGUUAGACUGGUUUCUUGCAGACUGCCCUUUUGAAGUCCAUGUCGUGCACCCAGUGCCGCUUGGAGCAAAUGAAGAGGCACAGUUUCAUGUGGUGUUACUGCAGCAACCCCAUCCUCUUCACAAGUCUGUCAUUGUGACUGUGAUGGACGUUGACACAGACCCUUGGCAGCCUGGCCAGAUUUGUGUUAUGGUUCCCAACGCCAUCGACCAUUGGGCUCUACUUCACAUUGCGGUCGUCGAAUUUCAGUGUCCGCCAGUGAUGUUGACCAAUCAAUGCACAUCUUCUCAUGGCCUGGUUGACCUCACAGCAGGCAACCUGUUUCCUGUACGACACGGAAUGUGCUUUACGGUUGCAGUUGAGACCACUACCACCACGACACUCACUCUUGCGGAAAAGCAUGAUCGCCUUGAACUUCUUGCGUCCUGUGCUGGAAUCAAUUUGCUUCAACUCAACGUUCGUCUACAAGCAGUUAGAUACAGCACUGAGGCACUUCAACAACAACAAGCUGAUCUGGUCGACGCCCUUGGCAGAGCUGGCACGUUGUUUGGAUUGUCUGCCAUUUCAGCCUCAACGCAUGUCCGUGACCGUGGAGACGUGAUCUCUUCGAGUCCCAUCAGCCACAACCUUUUGCCUUUUGGACAGCAGAUCCCCCUUUCGUGUCAUGAUGAUCUGUGUGACACCGAGCACCGUGAUGAGGUGGUUGUAGCUCACGCAAAUGAUCCAUCAUCUGGGGCAUCUACGUGUCAGCAUUCCGCAUUUCUGGCUCAUCCUCUGCAUCUUGCUGAUCUGCUCCAGCCGCCUACCUGGACCUUUGUUGAUUGCAGCUCCGUGGAUGGUCUACGCCGACGGCUUUAUGAGUUCAGGGCGCCAGAGGUUAAGUAUGACCUUGAUGGUGUGAAGUGUACAUGCUCUACGCAAGCAGCUCUGUGUGAUAUGCCUUUGUGGACAUUCGAAAUUCCACUCACUUUUGAGUUCUACACUGAUGGAGCUUUCAAACGAAGUCGGGAGAUUGCUGCUGCAGGCGUUGUAUUGAUUGUGUACACUGAUGCUGGACCCCGAUUUGGCGGCUAUUUGACUGCUUGGUGCCUUUCCAGUGCUUCGGCGCCUAGAGCUGAGGCGGCUGCCAUGGUCCUUGCGAUUCACUGGGCUUGUCAUCUUGUGCUACAACUUGGAUUUGCCAACACGCAGAUUGCUUUUCUGUUUGACAAUGUCUACGCAGGAGCAGCGGCUCAGGGCAGAUGUGCAUCUUCUCUGAAUCAUGACCUUGCACCCCUUGUGAGAUCUUUGUCUUUGUGGCUGGAACAACUCUCCUUUGUCAAUCUUGCGUGGCAUCAUGUCAAAGGACACUCAGACCACCCGUGGAAUGACCUGACUGACGCAGUUGCAUAUGGAGCCCUUGCUCAUGAUUGUGUCACUACAGACAUCAGCUCCGUGGUUCAAUGUUGUCUUGGUGAUGACAGUUCAGCUUUGCCAUGGCUUUGGUUAUAUGAGAAAUCCCUGCGUGGCGAUGCCGACGCACCUGUAUUGCAUGGAUCACAAUGGAGGUUCAAUACUGGUGCACCACUUGCUCAUCCGCCUGAUGGACAUGUUCAACCCUUUGCACUACGCGCAAUCGACAAGGCUGCGCAUCGUGAGGUGCCCGAGUCUUGCUGCUUGAGGGUCGCCUCAGCCAACGUGCUCACAUUGUUCCCGCAGCAUGACACAGCCUCCUCUUUCUUGGGUGCACGUGCAGAGCAUCUUGCUGAUCAAUUUCGAGCGGCUCGAGUUCAUUGUGUUGGUGUCCAAGAGACACGAUAUCGUAAGUCAGGGCAUGACUUCUUUGAAGGUUUUCAUGUUUUAUCAGCGAGUGCCUCUUCGCGUGGACAUGGUGGAGUACAGCUCUGGAUCGCGCAGACUAUUUCAAUGUCUUCUGUCUCUCUCUGCAUUGAUCAUGAGCAUCUUCGCGUCAUCUAUGGUGAUGAUCGACGGCUAUUAGUUCAACUUCGUCAUCCUCGUUUAUCGGUGCUUCUCAUGGUUUUGCAUGCCCCUUGCUGUGAUGAUGAGGCAGAGAUUCAACGUUGGUGGUCGGCCACAAGUGCGCUUAUUCCGUGCAGAUAUCGCUCUUGGACGUGGAUUGUUCUGUGUGAUUCUAAUGGUCGACUUGGCUCAGUUACUUCGAGAGCAGUUGGUGACUUCGGUGCUGAACCAGAGACCUUGCGUGGUGCGGUUUUUCAUGAUUGGUUGGUCACCCAUGGGUUGAUUGCUCCUCAGACUCAUGCGGAGUCACAUGUUGGAUCGCAUACUACGUGGACGCAUGCAGAAGGCUCCAAAGGGCGCUUGGACUUCAUUUGUCUCUCUGACAAUAUCUUGUUGGACAACGUCUGUACUUGGGUAUCUGAUGACAUCGAUUUGUCAAUUGCUCGUCCGGAUCAUCAAUGUAUCUGUGCUGAUGUCUGGAUUCAGUUGACCCAGACCGCUUCGACUACUGGUUCUGCUGCCCCAGCAGUUGAAGAUGAUCAUUUGUUCUCAUGGGCAUGUGACGUUCACACACACGCAGCUCAGCUACAGUGGCAUUUGAAGCAGUGUAUGCAUUCCACUCCCAAACGCCGCCUGCGCAAGAAGCAUCUUUCGGAUGCUACCUAUGAGUUGAUCCUUCAUAAGAAGAGAGCUCUUCGCACUCUGCAACAUGCCAAGGCUGGCUCCCGCAUUGCUAGGCUUCAAAUUUGUUUUUGCAGUUGGCGAUCUCGUGUUGCACAUGACGAAGAUGCUCCUCCCAGCACAUUUCACUGCGAUCUUGCUACAGCCAUAGCCCAGGAGAGAUAUCGUCUGCACACCCUGCGUGUUUGCUAUGCUGUCCGUCAAGAUGACCGCAGAUUCUUCGAUGAUUUGGCUGAGAACACAGGGGUCGUUGCUGAGCAGGGGAUUCACCGCAUAUGGGAUGCCAUUAAGCCUUUGUUGCCACGAGCCAAGAAUCGCAGGAAAAGCAACAUCCGCUGUUCUGGACCCACAGUUGAGCAACAAGCAGCCCACUACUGUCAGCUUGAAGCCGGAGUGGCUGUCGAAUAUUCAGCCCUGUUGCAGCAAUGUCACUUGUCUCAACUUGAUAGGCAACCUGACCAACCACUUGCUUUGUCUUUGGAUCAAUUGCCUUCCCGAAUUGAUGUUGAAAACACCUUGCAGCGCCUCACUGCGCACAAAGCGCCGGGCAUCGACGGUAUUGCUCCAGGAUGUCUUCGAGCUGCAGGGCCGCAGAUCUCUGAGCAGAUUUUGCAGUUCUUCAUGAAGAUGUGGCUGACAGGUACUGAGCCUUUACAAUUUAAAGGCGGAUUGCUCCAUUCAAUAUCAAAGAAGAACAACAGCCGGGAGGUGGCCAACAUGCGAGGGAUCAUGUUAAUUGACGUGAUUGGAAAACUCGCGCACUCCUUGUUGCGAGCCAGGUUCUUGCCAUCUCUUUUGAAAUGGCGACUCCCCCUCCAGCUCGGGGGCUUCCCAACCUGCUCGACACUAUUCGCUACUCACUACUUGCGCUCCUUUCAUGCCAAGGUACGUGAGUGCAAGCUGGCCUCGGCUAUUCUGUUCUUGGAUGUGAAGAGUGCCUUUCACAGCAUGGUCCGGCAGAUCGUCUUUGGUCCUGCUCAAGCCAUGCCGUCACAUUUGCAGGCGUUGUUGACUGAUGCUGGAUGUGAUCCUGAGGCCCUUCGUCAAACUUUUGAGGCGACAUCUGCAGCCUUUCAUGAGGACGUCUCGGUUGCAGAUCAAAGACUUUUGCAAGAUGCACAUGUUUAUACGUGGUUUGGACUUGCGGGAACAGAUGAAGCCUUUUGUACUGCUCGUGGCAGCCGGCCUGGCUCGCCACUGGCAGAUAUUGCGUUUAACGCAAUGAUGACACAUGUUCUGCAAGCCUUGCAUGACAGACUGGACAGAUGUAUUCCACUGCAGCAGGGAUUCCACGCAUUGGGCUUGAAGGCUCCCCCCGUGGCUUGGGUUGACGAUGUUGCAGUGCCGAUUGUGGUGACGGAGUGCGCCAUUCUUGAGACCACCCUUGCGGAAGUCGCUCAUUUGACUCAUGAUGUUUUCUUGCAAUUUGGUCUGUCAUUGAAUUUCAAGACGAAGAAGACCGAAGCUGUUGUCUCCUUUCGAGGUCUUGAUGCACCAGCUCAUCGGCACUCAGUUUUGGUUGAGCGUCUUGGAAAGAUUGACAUUGUGCCUUUGAAUAUGCAACUGCAAUGUGUGGCGUCCUACGAACAUCUUGGGACCAUCUUUGCGGCUGAUUGCACUCUCCAACGAGAAGUUGCACAUAGACGUGUCAAGGCAGUUCAGGCGAUGCGACAGGUUGGCAAACCGAUUUUGAGGAAUCGACAUGUUUCAGUCGUCACUCGUUUGAAGCUUUUCGAGUGCCUCAUCGUGCCGGUGAUUUUGCAUGGUGCUGGUGGAUGGGAUUUGCUCCCUCAUCGGUUGUACCACAGUCUGCAUUCUAGCAUUAUGUCUUGGCAGAGAUCCAUUAUCAACGACGGAUGUUGGACGGAUGAUCAACACACUGACUUUGAGCUGCAGUGUAUGUGGAAGUUGCCACCUUUGGCGUUGCGGUUGGCGAAAGCCCGACUCCUUUAUGCAUUUCAUUGUCUAGCUGCAGGUCCGUCUUUGUUGGUGGACUUCUUGACGUCCGUUGCGCAUGACCCGCAAGGAUGGUUUGCAGCUCUACGCAGGGCGCUAGUCUGGCUUGCGAGUAUGGAUGCAAGUUUUUGUCCUCUUGAUUUGCAUCGUGACACAGUCGAGCAGAUUUUGUCAUGGUUUGCUGCACACCAAAAGCAUGGGCCACAACGUGUACGUAGCCUUUACCGUCGUUGUCUUCUUCAAUUUCACGUGGUGGGACAUAUUGUCGCACUUCACAAACAAUUGCGAUCGACGCUUGAAGAUGGAGGUGUUGCUUUCGAAGUGGCUGAUGAGCCCGCACUUAUUCCAGAUGAUGCCAAGUUUGCCUGUGACUGGUGUUCGGCUCAGUUUGAUGCAAAGCAAAAGUUGCAAGCGCACAUGUGGACUGCACACCAGCUCAUUUCGGAUGAACGGAAGUUUGUGUUCUCUGAUACGUGUCUGGCAUGCAAAGAUGCUUCUGGUCUUCAGCGCGCCUCCAGCAACAUCUACGUCUUUCUCGUGUUCUACCUGAUGCCUGUUCCUAUGCCAUGUGCGUUGCCGAUGGACCAGCAGAUCGCUUCACGAGCAGAUGCAGAAGCGGCGCUGUUACGCGCUUGGCAGUUGGAGGGCUUGCCAUCGUCUCUCCCUGACUGUGUGCGACAAAAUUUCUUUGCGCAAGCUGAUCAGGUGCUGCGUGCGUGGCAACCGGAAGGUGGAGUUGAUCUUGAACGGCUUCUUUUUGAACUUACUUCUCUGGCAGACGAGACGGAGAAGGUAUGGGCAUUGCAUCUAUGGUGUCGUGACGCCCUUUGUUUUCGGCGCUUUCCCCAUCUGAUGACAGGAGUCUUUCAACAGGUCAAAACGGAAAUUCAGCAGCUUGUUUCUGACCUACCGAUGGGUCGAUUGCUUGAUUGGCACUCUCGCAUCGUUCAAGCUCACCAACCACGUGCCGCUGCUGUCCAUGACCAUGGACGAGUUAGUAAGGACCUUGAACUGCUCAUUGACCCGGUUCUGGCGCAGCAUCAAUGUCUUCAACACGUGCUUGGUGGUAUUACUCAUGUGCCUUCUUCACAAGCGGUGCCAAUUGUGCUUGAAGACGGUGUGCCCACUAUUUGGAUUUUGCACCUUUUUAGUGGACGACGACGUCGUGGCGACUGCCACUACUGGUGUGAAUGUUGUCAUGGCAUUCUUCCUGGAUACGCAGUGCGCAUUUUAUCUGUCGACACGGCCAUUGACCCCAAGCACGGCAACCUGGAUCGUGGACCUGUCUUCACUAGAAUGCUCAAGAUCAUCCAGAAGAAAAGAUUUGCAGCUGGCCUCACGGGCCCGCCAUGCGAGACUUUCAGUGCUGCGAGGCAUCUGGUUUUAGAGGGCGAGCGUCACCCCAGACCGCUGAGAUCCUUUGACCUGCCUUGGCUCAUGCAUGAUCGAUCUACUAAGGAGCUCUACCAGACCAUGAUUGGUUCACGGUUGCUGAUGAAUUCCCUGAUCACCGAGGCUACGCUUGUUUUAGCAGGAGCGGGAUCACUGAUGGAACAUCCUGCCGAGCAUCCUGAAGAAGACCGAGCUUCUGUGUGGCGCACCAAGUGCCACCGGAAUUGGAUUAUGCAAUUGCCGGGCGCUUGGCAACAUGGUAUUGAGCAGUGGCGUUUUGGCAGUGUGGGCGUCAAACCCACCACUCUGCGCGCGCUCAAUCUUGGGCCACCAGAAGUGGUACAUCGAGCUCUUCAUGAACACACCGAUCCGCUGCUGCUUCGCCCGAAGAAUCCUCUACGUGGACGUUCAGCUGAUGGGUCAUUUCGCACGGCUGCAGCCAAAGAGUACCCGUCUAGGCUGUGCCGUGCGCUUGUUGUUGCCACGCUCAAGGGCCUGAGACACAGGAUCGCCCAGCAUGGCACGUGUCACGGAUCCGACCUCUCUACAGCAGAGAGGGAUUGGAUGAAUACCUUGUACAGGGAGCUCAUCGCUCCUGAGAUUGUGCUGAACUGUUACGAGGACAAUCAGGCUUUUCUCGCCAUCAUUGCCCGUGGGUUUUCUCCCAAGUUGCGGCAUUUGAGCAAGUUUCAUAAGAUCAACGAUAUCCGUUUUUCGAACGAUGGUAUCAAAACCUGA